GUCAAAGCAAAAGAAGAAAUGGAGCCGGAGAAGAGGAAGUUAAGAAGGGAAGAAGAGAUCCUAGAGACGGCCUUGGCGGCAGCCGGAGCUGCUCUCUUUGUCUCAGGCCUCAAAAAGCUCCUGCCUUGCAUUCUAAAGCAAUGGCCGGUGGCUUCGGUGGUCACUCCAUCUCUGCUUCUCUUCCUGCUUCUGAACCUUAUCAUUGCUUCCAUAGUUGUUAUCUCGGUCCACCCUAAAUGUGGCACUGAGAGUAAGUGCAAGUCUCCAACUGAUGGGGUCAAAAGGAAGAAGAAGAGCAGGCAAAGAGGGAGGAGAUCGAGCUCUCCGGCUUCGACGAUGGAAAAGAAGCAGAUGGAGUUUGUUGAGCUGGGAGGGGAUGAGGGAGAGGAGGAUGGAGAUGCAGAGGAACUGAACGCAAGGGUGGAGGCUUUCAUAACGGCGUUCAGGAGGCAGCUCAGGGUUGACUCAUUCUCUUCGGGUGGUAUUCAUCACCGAACCAGUUAUGCUGGAACUCCAUCUUGUUUGGUGGAUCAUGAGUGUUAUUAAUUUGGAGCAUAAAUGUAGUUGUAGGUAGUUCUUUAAGGGAUUUUCUGUUAAAUCUUUGGGUGAAGGACAGUAUUUCACCAAUGAUAUAAUUGAGGUGGUUUGUGCUUGAAUGUUGGGAUUUA